GAAGCGGAAGACGGUGCAAACACCGGCCUUCCCCCUCAUUGGAGGAUUCAGACGAAGUUGGGGAGAGAGCGCGAGGAAGGGGGGCGCACGCGCGAAUACACAUACACACGCGCGCGCGCAGGCAGUUUUUGGGAAGCGAUCGGGGUGACUCAGGAGUGGCGGUGGGGAUUGCUAGAGCGGCCAGACCGACGAAGAUUUGGAUACGAUGGAACAAGAAAAGGAACAGCAGCGCCUCGGUACCCAGGAAUUACAGCAUGCGGGGGGAACUUCCCCUUGUAGCCAUUCAGGUUAUCCUGAUGUGACAAUGGCGGAUGAGGAAGAUGAGGAUGAAAAAACAGACAUAUCAGAUUAUGAGGAAUCUAAUGGCAACAUAACUUUUCCAGCUGCUGUUUCAGAAUUUCCUGACGUCAAGAUAAAGGUGGAAAAAGAAGAGGAACCCUGGAUAAUGAUUCAUCAGAGCUUUGACGAAACCAGUGCCUCUUCAAAUGCCAAUUCAGUGGGAUUUUCCAUUCCCAAGCCUGAGUCAAGUCCUGAGACUGAAGAGGAGGGAGAGUCUUCCACGUCAUGGCGGAAGAUCAAGAACGAAAACGAGGAUCUAGAGCAGAACACGGUGGGAUUUUCCAUUCCCAAGCCUGAGUCAAGUCCUGAGACUGAAGAGGAGGAGGAGUCUUCCACGUCAUCGCAGAGAAUCAAGAACGAAAACAAGGAUAUAGAGCAGAACACUGGGUAUCCUGACAUAGUGGUAAAGAUGGAAGAAAUGGAACAAGAGUUCCCUCCAACUCAGGGAAGUGAAGAUAUGGAAGCAGUUUGCUUAGAGAGACUGCCUGGUCUGGGUGGCUUCAAGUUGAAUUCUGUAGAAUUGCUUCAGAAGACAGAGUUCUCCCGGCUGAGCUUAGCUGACCAGCUACGAAUCAGAAUGAUGGGACCGCACAGGCCUCCUCUGAUGCUCCACCAGUCCAGAUGUGAGAGAGGAAAAGAGUUGACACGGAAGUUCAGCGCAGGGUGGUAUGACCGAAAGGAAUGGCUGUGUGGAAGCGCUACCCAAGAUGCGUUGUUCUGUUUCCCUUGUUUGCUGUUUGGGGGUGUCGACACUUGGACACGGACAGGAGUCCGAGAUUUAAAGCACCUUAGUGAUAAAAUCAAGAGACAUGAAACAUCCCAGAGCCACAUUAACAGCUGCCUGCAGCUGGCAAUAUUGGACGCCAAGAGUGCAAAGCAAAAGGACGGUAGUGGCCAAGAGUCCGUAAGGAAACAGAACGAAGAAAUAGAAAAAAACAGAAACAGCCUUUUGAAGGUCAUGGAGGCUAUAUUGCAUUGUGAUAUUUUUGGGCUGUUGCUUUCAGAAGAGGAUGAGGUUGAGGAUUCAGUACACCCAGGAGUGUUCAGAGGAGAGGUUAAUCUCAUGGCAUACCUCAGCCUGGCUUUGAAACCUGACUUGCAAAGUUCCCCAGUGUUGGCAGGUCUAUCCAAGACAAUUCUGAGCGACUUGCUUGAUUGUGCAUUGGCGGUGGCAAAAGAUCACAUUAAAGAGCAGCUGAAAAGUGCUCCUUUUGUGGCCAUUGAGGUCAGUCACGUAGACGUGUCCACUCACUCCCAGACGGCCCUGAUCUUCCGCUACGUCGAUGAAAGCCGCUCUUUGGUAGAACGCUUUUAUGGAUUUGCAGACCUGGAAGAUCAUCAGGCCGAAACCACCGCUAAAUUUGUACUUCAGCAGCUGGAAGAGGUGUUUCCAGAGGCAGCUGACAAGCAGAAGAUCAUCGCUCAGAGCUAUGAUGGGGCGAGUGCGACGCACGGUGACCGCGCAAGGAUACAGGACAAGAUUUGUGACGCAUUCCCUAGCGCCCAGUAUGUUCACUCUUAUGCUCACCGAAUGAAUACGGUCAUUCAGCAAGCCACAUCCCAAAUUGAGGAAGUGCGGCGUUUCUUUGCAGAUCUUUCCGGAAUCCCAGAGUUCUUCUCCUGCAGCGCGAAAAGGAGGCAGCUUCUGGAGGCCAUUGUGAGGAGGCAGCUUAAUAAAACAUCCCAGAUAAACUGGAACCUUAACAUCCAAACGGUAAAUUAUGUGUUUGGGAAGAGACUGGAGCUCCUCAAAUGUUUCUGUGAAAUCAGAAGAACGUGGAAGUUUGAUACCCCUGCAGUCCGCAUGGCCGGACUGUUCAUUCCAAUGCUGGAAGAUGAUGGAGAGUUCUUGUAUUUGCUCUCCCUCUUCCACAGAAUAAUGCCUCACGUGGAUACUUUCCACAGGCAACUCUGGAGUACAGUCAACAAUUCUGUAGCCAUCCAGAAAGCUACUUCGGACUUCACAAGCGCCAUCAGCUCAGUCAAAGAAUCCGUUGGAACCUUGUUUGGGGAAUUGCCUUCUGAAUCUGUGCUGCCCACGGACAAAACAAAGGAGACGCUGGAUCAGAUGGCCUUAGACGUGUGCAACAUCAUCACGGCCCAUGCAAAAGAACGCUUUGCAUUUACUAGUCAUCUAGCAAGCGCCACGCUGGUCCAGGGAAGCUUGUUUCGAUCUCACCACCGGGCUUUUCCACAGGAGGCCUUUGACGAAGCUGUAAAGGCCUACCCGAUGCUGGAGAAGGAGAGGUUGAUGGCAGAACUUUCUGUCCUGUACGAGAGGCAAGAAUUCUACCGUUGCAAAAACGCUUACCAGCUGCUGUAUGUGCUUUCCAUGUACAACCUGGAGAAAACCUUUGAGCAAACCGUGACGUUGUUGCGAAUCCUGGUCACCACGCCUGCAAUGGUGGCAGAAGCAGGCCAGGCCGUGUCGGCUCUGACGAGGGUAAAGACUUUCCUAACGAACACCAUGCCGCACAACAAACUCAACGCCUUGGCCAUGCUGUCUGUUGAGAAAGGGAUGAUUAAAAACAUCCCAGGUUUCAGUCUCAAGGUGGUGGAACGGUUUGCAAGGCAACCUGAACAUCACGCCGGUUUCCUGUACAAACUGUGAGGCAUGGCAAAGCUCCAAUUGCUAUUUUCCAAGACUGAAUAGGAAUCAAUCAAAAUGACUGUGCAGAUCAGCUGAGACCAGAUUCAUUAUCCGAGGUGAGGACGGCAGGUUCACUUCCAUGUAUGGUUCCCCAUAAUGGGAACAGGUCAGCUAUCCCCAGCUUCAUGUCUCGAACUAGAACUUUCAAAAUUCCCAGCCACCCAUGCAGGUUGAUCUGCACGGGUAUAUAGCUUCUGAAAUCUCAAACUCCACUGGAUAGUGGAGUGGUUUAAAUCUCUGGCUCCUGAGUCGGAGGUUGUGAGUUCGAAUCCUCGCUGUGCCUCCUUGACAGGGGCAGGACUUGAUGAUCCAUUGGGUCUCUUCCAGGUCUGAAGAUCUAAGAUUAUUCUGAAAUUAUUAUUAUUAUAUUUUUUACUUGUGGAAGAUGGGAUGUGUUGCUAUCCAUCCUGUCUGCAGAGAAUAGAAAUGGGAAUCUCAGCCACUGUUGAUAAUUCACAGUGCCACAUCUAGAGCAGCAGUAGCAUACUAUGGCAACACAUGGACAGUUCUGCAAUUUUUGUACUUUUAAUUUACUGAUAUUUUUACAUUUUGUGAUAAUUGCUAUUGCUUGAUUAUAUUUUUAAGAGAAUAAAUACGGGUGAAAAUACAGCAGAAACAGCUAUUCCCUUACCAGUUUAUUACAAGACUUAAGCAAAAUCUUACUUGUCAUUUUAAACAAACGUAGAGUUUGCUUUGGAAUGGAACUGGGUGGCUCAUUACCGGAACCAGAGAGAGCAUCUGUUCAACAAGGAAUCAUAGACUUUUCAGUGUUUUUUUCCUCUCAAAUAUUUGUAAUCUUUGAAAAUAACAGACUGAUGUUGAGAAAGUCCUAUCAUGACACUGACCUCCUGUAGUUUUUUAAAAAAAUAUUGAGUGUGGUUUCAAGUUAAGUAGCGAUGUUGCCUCAGGGUAAAGGAACCUUAAGGUGUGUGUGUGUGACAAAAAUGGGGACUGCCCAUUAGCAGUGGCAAGGGGAAGAAUAAUGACGCUGUAUAGACACUUGUCCCUUAAGUUGCACAGGUUUUAGUUUUACAAAUUUUUUCCCAAUAAAUAAAUACAUGCAUAUUUCA